AUGUCACUACCUUAUAAUGAUGAUUCCAAGAAUGAUGUAUCAAACAUAAUCUACAAUUAUGAUUGGUCAAAGACUUCACUUGGCCCUAUAGAAUCAUGGGAACCCGCAGUCAAAAAUGCUUUAAAUUUAUGUCUUCAAUCUGCAAUUCCUAUGAGUCUUUAUCUCGGUCCAGACUGGCUCUACUUGUAUAAUAAUGCAUCUAUACCAAUUAUAAAGAUAAAACAUCCACACGCAAUGGGAAAACCGGAUAGAAUGUUUGAUUCCAUCUUUGAAAAUAUAAGAAGAACAGGCAAAGGCUUGAUUAAAAAUGAUCAACUCAUUGAAUCGUUACGUGAUGGAUAUUUAGAAGAUGUAUACAUUAACUGCUCAUUUAGUCCGAUUUUUAAACCAGAUGGCACAAUCUGUGGUAUUUUGAAAAUCUAUCAAGAAAUUACUCAAAAUGUUUUGAAUACUCGAAGGUUAAAAACUAUUGACGAAUUUGGACGUCGAAUUUCUGAGAUUAAAUCCUUAGAAAAUGCUUGCAAUAUUAUGAUGAAUGUACUAAGUGAUAACAACAAAGAUAUUCCUUAUGCAUUAAUUUAUUUCAUUGAACAUAAAUUAAAUACUGGUUCUAAAUCUCAAAUUGCCCGCCUGAUCGCUACUACCUUUGAUGAAGUUGGUAAAGAAGGAAGGCUCUUUCCUGACUGUUUUCCAGAAACUCCUGAAAUAAUUGACUUGACCACCAAAGAUGCAAAUCAGAACUACGAUACAUAUAUAGAACUAAAACGAGGGACUGCAACUUAUUCGUUCUUAAAAUGUGAUUCUUGGCCAAUAUCACUUGUAAUAAAAGAAGGAAAGAAUAUAAAAGUAUUUUUAAAGGACGAGCCUCAAGCUGUGCUCUUAUUGACAAAAGUUCCACUUAGUGGUGGGCAAAUUUUACCUGUUAUAUUAAUUUGUGGUCUUAAUCAGCGUCAUGCACCUGAUGAAAAUUAUAUGGAAUUUUUGCAACUCGUCACAAAUAAAUUGGGUACAUAUUUGCACUACGGAAAUUCAAUCGAAGAAGAAAAGAAGAGAUCUAAAAUAUUAGCUGAUUUAAACUACCAAAAGGAUAUGUUUUUUCAAGGCAUCAGUCACGAAUUUAAAACGCAAUUAACGUUAAUGCUUUCACCACUUGACGAAGUAAUUAAUAUAUGUCCAAAAGAAGCGCCAAUAAUGUCUCUUCUUCAAAUUAUACGACGUAAUACUCAUAGAUUGCUUAAACUAAUUAACAUAUUAUUACAAUUUUCAAAUAUAGAAUCCGAUCAAUCAAAUGUGCGUUAUCGUGAAACUAAUAUAGCUGAAUUUACUCGAGAAUUAGUUUCAGAUUUUGAAAAGAUGGCCAAAACAUUAGGGUUGGGUUAUAUUAUAGAUAUUCCUGAAGAAUUUAAUCAAGCCGUUAGUGAUAAUGUUUAUUUAGAUCAUGAUAUGUUUGAAACCAUUGUAUUUAAUCUUUGUUCUAAUGCACUAAAGCAUACUUGGAAUGGACAUGUAAAAAUUCGCUUAUAUAUUGACUACAGAGAUGAAAAAAAGAUGAUUGUUCUUGAAGUAAUAGAUACAGGUGUUGGUAUUCCGGAAACCGCACUUCCAAAUAUAUUUCAACGUUUUUAUCGUGUAGAAUCUCAAAGUUCACGUAGUCAUGAAGGUACUGGAAUAGGCCUCGCUAUCGUCAAAGAACUUAUUACGCUUCAUGGUGGAGAUAUCACUGUAACUUCUAUAGUUAAUAAAGGGACGACGUUUAAAUGCUGGUUUCCAAUAGGAUGCAAACACCUACCGGCAGAUAAAAUACAUUUUAAUGACAUUGAAAACCCAAUUAUUCAUGGUCAAGAAUCAUACACAAAUAAACAGCUUUAUUUGGAAGAGAGUUCUCAAUGGUUAAAAAAUAGUACAUCUGAAACUAAGGAAGUAAUGGAUCAAUUGUCAAUAAAUAAUUGGGAAGCUGAUAAAAUAUUAACGAAAGAGAUCAUGAUUAAUUCCUUUACCAGUAUGGAUGACCCUGUCGGGAAAAAAUGUCAAGUUCUACUUGUUGAUGAUAAUAUUGAUAUGCGUGAUUAUUUGACUGAUCUAUUAAAAGAAUUUGAUAUUUAUCGUGCUUGCGAUGGCCAAGAUGCUUUAAAAGUUUUAAAAAAACUUAAAAAAUUACCAGAUUUAAUCCUUAGCGAUGUCAUGAUGCCAAAUAUGAAUGGAUACGAACUAUUAGAUGAAUUAAGGUCUAAUAAAAAAACUCAAUUUAUUCCUAUAAUAUUAUUAUCAGCAAAAGCUGACGUUGAAUCUAAAUUAAAAGCAGAUGACUAUUUAAUAAAACCAUUUUCUGCUCGAGAACUAAUUACUCGUAUUCGAUCUAAUAUUAAACUCUCAUUUCUUCGUCGUAAAAUAAUAUUUGAACAAUGUAAACAAGAAGAAACAAAACAAUUACUAUUUUCAAUAUCGAAUAAGAUUCUUUCCGGAUUAAGUAUGAAGGAAACAUUACAAUAUAUUGUUAAAGAAAUUCAUCAUAGAUUACCAAAAAUAAGAUUAAAUAAUGAUUUUUGGGGAUGGAUAAUAGCAUAUAGACCCCCAAAUUCUAUUUGGUUUGAUUUUGAAAUAGAAUUAUUAGAGCAAGUAUCGAAUCAAAUAAGCUUAGCAAUUACUCAUGCAGAAUUAUUAGAAGAGAAUAUUGUAAAGAAAAUUCAGAUAAAGGCUGCUGAAGCUGCAAAUUUUGCUAAAAGUCAAAUAUUAGCAAAUACUUCUCAUGAAUUACGAACACCACUAGGAGCGAUAGUGGGUAUUCUUUCUUCCUUCGAGAGUUCUAAUUUAACUUCUGAGCAGAGAGACAUGAUUGAUAUUCUUUCACAUUCUUCUGAGAUAGUGUUAUCUAUAGUGAAAGAUAUUCUUGAUGCAGCAAAAUUAGAAGCUCAUAAAAUUACUCUAGCUAGCAGAACAUUUGAUUUAUAUGAAUUAAUGGAUAAUACAAUUGAAAUAUUUGAAAAAGAAGCUGGGGAUAAAAAGAUUGAGAUAAUCGUAAAUUAUGAUAUGGAUGCGUUACCAAAAUAUGUUAAAAGCGAUCCUGAUAGAAUUAAAUUUGAGAAAGGCGAAAUUGGGCUAAAAAUUUUAAUACAAUCACAAAAAAUCAUUGAUGAAAUCGAUGAAAUCAAAGAAAGUACGACUUACAAUCAAAAAGCGAAUUUACUAAUUGAAUUAUAUGAUACUGGUAUUGGGUAA